CCGCGCUGCUCGCUGCUCGGCCAGGCCUGGGGCGGAGCGUCUGGCGACAGGCUGGGAAGGCUGCGUAGGGGCGCCCGGUUGGCCAGGCCGCUGUGAGUCCUAGGCGGAUGUGAGUGGAGCCGACAAAGAUGGCGGUGCAGGUGGUGCAAGCUGUGCAAGCGGUUCAUCUUGAGUCUGACGCUUUCCUAGUUUGUCUCAACCAUGCUCUGAGCACUGAAAAGGAGGAGGUGAUGGGUCUAUGUAUAGGGGAGUUGAAUGAUGACAUAAGGAGUGACUCCAAAUUUACAUACACUGGAACUGAAAUGCGCACAGUUGCAGAAAAGAUGGAUACCAUCAGAAUUGUUCACAUCCAUUCUGUCAUUAUCUUGCGACGUUCUGACAAGAGAAAGGACCGUGUAGAAAUUUCUCCAGAGCAGCUGUCUGCAGCCUCAACAGAGGCAGAAAGGUUGGCUGAACUAACAGGUCGUCCCAUGAGAGUUGUUGGCUGGUAUCACUCUCACCCUCACAUAACCGUUUGGCCUUCCCAUGUUGAUGUUCGUACACAAGCCAUGUACCAAAUGAUGGAUCAAGGCUUUGUAGGACUUAUUUUUUCCUGUUUCAUAGAAGACAAAAACACAAAGACUGGUCGGGUGCUCUACACUUGCUUCCAAUCCAUACAAGCCCAGAAAAGCUCAGAGUAUGAGAGAAUUGAAAUCCCAAUCCAUAUUGUACCUCAUAUCACUAUUGGGAAGGUAUGCCUUGAAUCAGCAGUAGAACUGCCAAAGAUCCUAUGUCAGGAAGAACAGGAUGCAUAUAGAAGGAUUCAUAGCCUUACACAUCUGGACUCAGUAACCAAGAUCCAUAAUGGCUCGGUAUUUACCAAGAAUCUGUGCAGUCAGAUGUCAGCAGUCAGUGGGCCUCUGCUACAGUGGUUGGAGGACAGACUGGAGCAAAACCAGCAGCACUUGCAGGAGUUGCAACAAGAAAAAGAAGAGCUUAUGGAAGAGCUGUCUUCCCUAGAAUAAAGCAAGAGGACAAAAAUGUGAUAAUAUUGUUUCUCAGUUUGUGCGCUGAAUAUGGUUCAAAACUAUAUACAACUCCUAUGUAGGCAGAUGAUUCAGGAGCACUUUUUAUAUCCCAACAGAUAGUUUUAUGUAUAUAAAAAUACAAGAUGUCUUCCUAAAACUUCUCCAGAGCUUAUAGAAUCCUCUUGCCUACAAUUGCUGUAAAAGAAAACAUGCAGGAUGAUUUACAGAAUAUGAAAGUUAUUUUGUAAGGGUUAUAAGAGGUACAUUAGCAAUGAAUAUCUGGGAAUAAAAUGUUUAAUAAGUUUAUUCUAAAUGUUAAGAACAUUUAUUCUAAUUUUGAGCCGAAGUGUCAAUAUGCAUCCCUAUUUGUCCUGGAACUCACUAUGCAUACCUCACUAAGCUGCCCUCAGACGCAGAGAUCCAUCUGCCUCUUUCUCUGUAGUGCUGGGAAUAAAGAUGUGCACCACCUACCAUGCUUGGCAUUAAAUGCCUAUUCUCAAUGAAAAUACCUGACAUAAACUUUUUUUUCUUUUGAUACAAUGUCUCAUUAUGUAGCUGUGGCACUUCUGGGACUCACAAAGAUCCACUUCCCUCUGAAUUAAAGAUGUGCACCAGCAACAUAAACUUUUUAGAAUUUUAAGUCUUUGUUUUUAGUUUCAGAUAUCCAUCCUGUAUAAUUUAAAGGAAGAACACUUGGUAUUUCAAUUUUAUAGUUUGAUAUUCUUGUUAGGCAAGUGAAUCAUAAGUACUGUAGGGUUAAUGUAAAGACACGCAGGGCUCAUUGCUACCCACCUCUGUUGAUUAUUCUCACUUAGAAUCAUGUGUUAGGACUUCCUUCUUGAUCUCUAAAUACAUGUUAUGAGAUAGCUAAACUUGAAUUCUGUGUGGAUGCACUCUUAAGCAAACAAUUGAGUUCUAGCUUAUUUGAGUCUAAAGCAAAUUCUUACUGAUCCUAUAUAUCUAAGAUUCAAUUAUGACCAUGAUUUUUUAGGAUUUAGGUUAUAGUAGAAAUCAUACUUCAAAAAUAUGAUGAUUGUAUUUUAUUGUUCAUUCAUAUGUAGCCACUAAUUGUAUAUUUGUGUAUUCAGAAAAAUGUUGAGCCUUUUGCAUACUGGAAACUAAAGUGGGAAUUGGAAAAAAGAGUAUAAAGAAAGAAAACAUUAUCAGUCCCAACCAUAGUGAUAACUGGGGGUUUUGGUUUGUCUUUUUAUUUUCCCAUAGAUUAUUGUUUUUCAAAAUCCCAGAAAUACUUGCAUCAGAAUCACUUGCAGUUCAAAAUUCAAAUUCAAUCUUUGAGGCUAGAACCCAGAAAUCUAUAUGACCUACUCAGCUGAUUCUGGGGCAUACUUAUAUUUGAAAACAAAUAUUCUUAGGGCAUAUGGAAUGUAAAUGCUGUAUUUUCUCUAAUUUCCUUCCACCAUAAUUGUUCUUUAUUCAUUUUCUUUUUUAUAGGGCAGAUGAAAAUACUGGGCAUACAAUUUAUUAAACUAAAUCAAUUUUGAAUAAUAUAAAGGUGGAGAACCCACAUUAUAUAACUUCAAGACUUACUAUAUAGCUUCAGUAAUCAAGACGCUAUGAUAUUCGCAGAACAGAUGUAUAAAUCAAUGGAACAGGAAGGAAAAUUCAGAAAUAACCACACAAUAAUAUGCUUAAAUGAUCAAGAAGAAAGGACAGUCAUUUCAACAAAUUAAAUUUUCACAAAUUAACAAAAUAUCUUAUAAAAGUACCUCAAAAUGUGUCAUGGAUUUAAAUGUAAGCUGGAAAACUUAAGGGAAAAAAAUCAUUUAAAAUUUUUUUAGGAGUCAGGUAUUAAUCUUCAACUCAAAAGGCACCAUCUAUAAGAAAAAGAGUAGAUAUUUGGACUUCAUCAAAAUUAAAACUUUUUAUUCCACAAAAUCUUAAGAAGAGGAAAGGUAAACCAUGUAAUAUCUGAUCAAUGGAAAAGAUAAUAUGCUCAAAACUCAAAAAUAAUCCCAGUAGAAAAUGAAAAAAGACACAUUUUUACUAAAGAGGGUAAAUAGAAGUAAUUAUGUGAAUAUAUGUUGGCCCUCAUAAGUCAUUGGGAAAUGCAAAUUAAAACUACAGUGUGGUAUGGUAUAUACUUAUCAGAAUUGCUAAAGAGAAAAUUGUGAAAAUGCUAAGUACUAUGGAGAAUGCAAACAAUGACAGGAAUGUAAAAUACAGAUACUGGGUAGAAGAGUGGAAAUUUUUAUAAAGUUAAGCAUACACUUAACAUGAGCCAGCUGUCAUACUGCCUCGACACAAAAACUUUUACACAUUUUUUCUUGGCAACUUUAUCUGUGAUAGCUGUAAAUUAGAAACAACCCAAAUGUUCUGCAGUGGGUAAAUGUGUAAACAAACCAUUCCUACCAUGGAAUACUACUCUGUAGUGGAAAGGAACAUAUUACUAAUAUCUAUAUGAUUUAGAUGAGCCUUGGGACAUAUAGUAAAUGAAAAAAGUGAGUCUUUAAAGGUCACUUACUGUAUGGUUGCAUUUCUGAAGUGUUGUUGAAAUGUCAGAAUUAAUGAAAAGAAAGAACAGAUUAAUGAUUUCCAGAGUCAGGGACUGGGCAUUAUAUAUGCAUUGUUGUUACAGUGUGACAUAAGAGUUCAUUUAGGCUGAUAAAACAGUUUUGUAUCUUAAAUUUAGUGUUUAGUACAUAAAUCUGUUCCUGUGCUAGCAUUUUAUGGGUUUAUAUACAUAAAAAUCAAUACAUGUAAAAUCUGGUAGAAGUGAAUAACGUCUGUAGCCUAUUCCGCAGUAUUAUACCAUUACCAUAAUGUUGGUUUUGAAGUUCUAUAGUUGUAGAAGAUCUUACAAGUAGGACAAAUUGGGUAAAGGGUACGUGGGAUUAUGUACUAUUUUUUACAAUUUCUGGUAAGUCUAUAAUUAUUGCAAAAUAAAAAUUUAUAGAUUUAAAUAAUAAGAAGUAAGGUUUUUAUGAAAUAAGACUGAUUGAUAAGCCAUGUGUAGUGGCAUGUGCCUGAAAUCCUAGAACUCAGGAGGUUGAGGUGGGAGACUUAUCACAAGUUUAGAGCCAGCCAGUGGCCUAAACCUUGUCUCAGAAAAAAAAGGGGGUGAGGAGGGAAGGUAAUAUAAAGAAGACCUUGGAGGGGGAAAUUAAAUGAUUUGUAUAUUAGGCCAACUAUGAAUACAUGUUUGUUUCAUUUUCAUAGAUAAAAUGAGAUUAUAGUAGACCAUGAAGGUUACUUUUCAGUCAGUGUUCAUAUUUUAAAAAUGUUGAUCAUCAGAAAGAACAAUGAUCUGAGAUGUGAUUAUUUUCCCAAUUACACCUAAGUAGUUUACCUUUACACAAAAUAUUGCAUUCCAAUACACAGCCUUGUAUCCUUUCUUCCUUUUCAAUCACAAUCAAAACUGAUUGGAACAAAAGGUACUUGUUUAGAUAGGUGUGUUCUCCCUCUUUUUUUUUAAGGCUGUCUUGAGAUAGGGUCUUAUGCUACAGCUCACGUUGGCCUCAAUCUAGAAGAUUUCUUGCCUCUGUCUCCUGAAUGCUAAGAUUACAGACAUAAAACACCAUGCCUGACUGCUUCCUUAUUUCCUAUACUUGGAACCUGCAUUCUGACUUUGUCUACACUGCCUUUGAAACCAUUCCUCCUAAAGUUACCAAUAACCUACACAUAGUCAAACUCAUAUUCUUUUAUUUAUUUAUUUAUUGAAAACUGCCAUUAAUAAACCUGUGGCUUGACACAGUUGGUCCUUCUUCCAAAUUUACCACUUUGUUAUCAUGUAUUGUGUUAUUUUCUAUACCCUCUCUGUCCCCUCUAAAAAUUCAUUCAUAUCCCUCUCCACGCAGUUACAAGCAAAUCCAUUUCUCUCUCUACACCUGUCUGAAUUCCAGACUUAGAUUUCUAGCUACCCAUUAUAUAUUUCCAUUAAGCAGUCUUAUUACCACGUUGAAUUUGAUAAAUCUAAAUUUAAUAUGUUUAUGGUUCAACCUAUAUUCUUUUUUACUUUCUUACCUCAGUGAAGGGGAACAUCCAUAUGCACGAACUGGAAUCCAAGCAGGCAACCUCAACAUCUCUGUCACCUUUUUAACUGUUUGCAUUGGGACAGAGUUAUAGCAAUUUGGAUUUUUUUUGUAAUCUAAUCAGAAUUGGAAUGUAUAGAAUAAGUAUGUAUGAGGAGGAAUGCAUGGUGCCUAGUGGCUAGGGUUACUUCAUGAAGGCCUAAGAGUUCUUAUCUUUGUAGCAGGGAAGGAUCAAGAUCUAGUGAAAGUUGUCCUGUGUCAGUACCCUCACAGUAAAGAGGAGACAAUGAUCUCUUACAUUAAAUAAAAUAAUUGAGCAAAUAAGUAAAUGCGUUGAGGAAAAUUGAAGCAAGCUUUUUCAUGCUUGAGACAUUUUUUACAGAUACGUAAAAAAGGAUAAAAUUACCCCCCAUGAUGUUAAAUGGAAAUAGAAAGUUGAUAUUAUUGCUUUAAAAGGGAAUUACACAUGUCAAUUGAGAGAAUGAGUGGUGUACCUGUAUACCUCCAAUUCUUACCUCUGCGCAUUGAGGGGGAAUAGAAAUGGCACUUCAGUAGCUAAUGAACACACCUGCCACCAAGUUACUGGACUUCAAGUACUGUUCUCCACUAACAGUGAAUAGAAUGGACUCCAGAAAUAAAUGCGUAUGUAUGUGGUGAACUGAUUUUUAACAAAAAUGACAAGACAAUUGAAUGGGAGAAACCAUAGUCCUUUUAACAACUGGUGAUUUGACAACUAAAUAUCUGCACAGAAUAAUGAAGCUGGACCCCCACCCCAUAGCAUGCAUGAGUGGUAACUAAUAAUGUGUUAAAGAUUUAAAUGUAAGAAUUUGUAACUAUUAAAAUAUUAAAACAUCAGUAAAUCUCUAUGACUUU